AUGGCUCGUAGUCGUCGAGCCUUAAAGUCGCUUAUUGAAGGUCCAGAAUUCAGCUUUCGUAACAUUGUGAGGUCCUACACUGCUCGCUUUUUCUGCGAACAUCCCUCGCCAAGGCUUUCAGCAAAGCCCGCAAUACCUCCGUUCGGAGUUUUGCUCGAUAUCGAUGGAGUUCUUGUUAGAGGCCGGAAACCUAUUCCGGGAGCAAGGGAAGCACUAGAAAUGCUCCGACAGUCAGAAGUCCCAACGGUGUUUUUGACGAACGGUGGUUGUGAAUCGGAGAAGGAAGCUGCUGAACGACUUUCUGACAAGAUCGGCUUUGAGGUUAGGUAAUUCCUGUUGUUCUAAUUUUUUAACUUGGUAGCGGUUCCACAACAAAUUAAGGAUUUAUGCCUCAAUCCUAAACUUCCAAAUUGUCUCUAACCUCUCCCCACCCUCCCCCAUGUUACCACAAUUCUUUGUUUGCAACCACGUGACAGACCGAAUACAAAAAGAGUUUAGUUGUUCUUGUCAAUCAAAGAGUGAGAUGAAACUAUUAAAAAAGUUGCUUGUCCUUUAGGCAAGCUGUUGCUGAAGUUUACUAGCCUGGAGCAGUUGUGCAGGCCUACCAACCUCCACUUUCCCACUUAUUCUAUCUCAGAAAAUGUUUCUUGCCUGUGAAUAUUAAGAGAUGCUAGCUUGACAAAAUACCUGUUAGAAUCCCUCUUGAUGUGCUCUUUUGUGUGUCUUAAUUGUCUUUUAAUGCCCUGACCUCUAUAUUCAUAAAAGUUUGAAACCUUCAAUGCCAUCUAGCCAGAAAAUUUUUCAUCUCACCCGGGAUUCUGGGACCUUUCUUCAAAUAAAGGAAAUGCUCUUGCAGGCUACUAUAUCAAUGUUUUAAAAUAAGUUACCCUUGGUUACGGUCUAUUACAGUCGAACUUCCCAUCAGCAACCACCCAAACUGCAAAGACUGACUGGUAGCUUACAGGAGGUGGUCGUUUACUAGAAUCGAACCGCAGGGGUUUGUCCAGGCACAUCUACUUUAUGGAAGAUAAUUUAUUGCUUGCAAUGUCUAAGUUAGGAUAUGUGUAAUUCCAUGUUGUCUCUAAAGUUCUUUGUCUAUUCUAAGUAACACAGUACACGCAGCGAAAAUGGAGAUCAGAGAAUGCAUCAAUUAUUGCUUGCUUACAAGAGGUUAAAAACAAUGAAAAAUCAUUAACCAUCAGGCCCAAAAAGUGGUCACGAUCACUUAUAGGAGGUGGUCAUUUACUAGAGGUUUGACCAACUGUAAGGCUUUGACUGGGAAAGUUUUGGUGUUUGAGAUAGGGGGACACUUACGGUAAGUGGUCACACAUGGAGGUUUGACUGUAUAUAUAGCGAGGUACAUGUUAGGUGGAUGAUAGACAAUACAAACAUGUAGGAGUAAGUUAUACUAAUGGUACUCCCAUCUGUGUGUAUAAUGUAUUAUAUAACUAUACUAUGUUAAGGAUCAAAAUUAAAUUCAGGCUGAAAUUAUUUUGUUAAACCUAGGUUAAUUCUCAAUUUCCUCUGUCUCCUAGCCCUAAUUAUUCAUGAAUAGGAAUCAACCUAGGACAAAGAAUUUUAAUCUGGGUUUAAUUUUGACCUGAAACAUAUACAGUCUCUAAAUCAUUUUGUUCGUUGCUUUUUCUUUUGGUUUGGAAGAAGCCAAUAGCCUUCUAUACUGAGAACUGUUGAUAACCUCCCUAAAUGGUUUAUUUUGUAGGUCAGAGAGGAGCAGAUGGUUCUGUCACAUACUCCUCUAAAGAUGUUUGAUUGGUUACACAACAAGCAUGUGUUGGUGUCUGGACAGCUAAACAUUAAAGAGAUUGUUAAAGGGUAUCCUUGUAUAUUCUACUCAUUAUAUAUCCAAAAGAUAAUUUAUUAAACUAAAGGCUGUUACUGGGAACUUAAUCAAAAAAGUGAAAAACAUCUUUAGGUGGAUGCAAGUUCAAGAAAGCCUUUAACUAAAUUUAUUUUUAAAAAGCAAGUUAAUUUUAAGUUGCUUAUAAUAUUAUACCAGAAAAACAUCAAUAGGCCUCUCCCUCUAAUGAUGUGUUCUAGUGAUUAGAAGCAUUAUGAAAAAUUUGUUACAUUUAUUUUGCUAUGCCACUGAACAAUUUCCUGACAAUGUUUUAACAUUCUUGUUAACAAAAUAAUUUAUUUUCAUGGAUUUUUGUGGAAGUGAAAGUGAAAGUGAAAGUUUCUUCUCGUACCUGCUGAGCAAUUAAGAGCCUGAGAACUCUGUAUAAAAAAAUAUUUUAUUAAAAGACCUUUUAACCAUUUUAUUUCUUUUUCUGCUAAAAUAAUGGAGCAUGUUUAGGCUGAUGGUCCAAAGUUUCUAUAGUGGACUCUCUCUUAACGGCCACCUCUAAAAGAUAGACACUUUGGUAAAACAGACACCUAGAGUUGGUCCCUCCUUUUCUUUGCUGCCUUUAUUUGACUUUCUAAAAGACAGACAUCAUUCUUAGACAGAUAAUUGGUGCCAUUCCAAAAGGUGUCUGUCUUAGAGAGAGUUACAUGUAUAUGUUCUGUUGUGGUGCAAUUUUAUCCUUGGUUUAAAUUUUAUUUUCCUUUGUUUCAACUCAUUAUUGUACAUUACCAUGCCCCAAAACAAAGGAAAAUAAAAUUUAAAUUAAGGAUAAAAUUGAACCACAACAUAUACAUAUAACAGUCAUGUUUUACCCCCAGUCAUAGUCUUUCUAUAGCCAGCAGUUUGAACUAAUGAUCUCCAGGUUGUUGAAACUUAAAACAUAGAUAACUAGCUGCUUCUGCACAAUGUUUACAUGCCGAAAGAUUGUUUUCCCUUGAUUAUGAACAACAGAUAUGGAUUUAGGAGUGUUUCAGAUAUAGAAGAUAUCAGAAGAGCUUAUCCUUUGCUAGAUAUGGUUGACAGAGAGAGGAGAUUUAAACCUGUGAGAGUAUAAUCUUUUGUAUUUUGUGACCUUUGGGGAUUUUAAUAAUAUUUAAAUAUUACCAUCCUCCAGUCUAGCUGCAUGCAUGGAGAAUUUUUUCUUGAUACAUAACUGAACCUUUGAUUACUGGACUUGUAUGUGAUGUGAUUACCUGGAAAACAUACAUCACAAUAGCAGUCUUAGACAAUAUUCGCAAAAAAUAAAACAGACAAAGACAAAACAAAAAUCGUAAACUUGAACUGACCAUUAUACAUUUUAUAAGGUGCUGCCUUUCAGGGUAGCAUGUUUCAAUGGGCAAGUUAAGUAACAUCAUAGGGUAGUUGGAAGGCCAGCACCACUUCUCCAGGCUAGUAAACUUCAGCAACAGCUUGCCCAAAAAUUAAUGGCAAGUAAUUUUUUAAAUUUUCAUCUCACCCCAGUGAGGCAUACUCUUUUUUCUUCUUGAAUUUUGUUUGCUGACUAUUUGAAAGAGUUUUUUUCUUUUUGUUACCAGAUUACCCAAUUUGUAAGACAAAUGUCAAAACAAACGAUUUAACAAAUUUGAUUCAAAUUACUGUGCAGUGGGAAAUUAUUUUCUUUCAUAAUGUUUUCGUUUGCUUUCUGAUUUAUUCAGCUAGGUACCCCACCUGAGGAAUUGCCACCCAUUGAAGGUACGAAGAGUUGGAAUAAUGGCCCUUCACCAUGUUGGGUAGAAAAAUACCUUUACAGUCUAGUCUAAAUACAAUGAAGUGAAUGUUUCUCUCUCUCAAGAAAAACUGCUGUUUGAAUAUUAUUAAUGUCAGUUCAAAUAUCAGAUUUGCCAAAUUUACGCAUAUUGAAACCAUGGUGAAAUCACGCAACUGACAUGUGAAAAAUAUACUGUGGAAGCUCUUUUUAGCAGGCACCCUCAGGACGUUAAAGAGUGUUUGUUACUGGAGCUGGCUACUUACAGGAAGUGGCCAACUACAACUAAACACUGGAAAUGUAAAAAAAAACCUGUUUGUUAGUGUUUGGCUAUAACUUUUGUUCUGACAAGGUUGUAGUUCAGUCACAAGCAUGAAAGCAGUGUUUUGAAGUGUAACCAGAUGUGUAUGUAUAAUUAUGUAACAGCCUUAUACGUAAACACAGCUGUGUCUUAUAAAUCAAACAUAACAAAAAAUUAUUAUUGCUGGCCUUAUAUUUCAAUUCUAUAUUUAUUUGAAAAGAGCAUAAGCUGUGAUUCAGAUUUCCUCAGAAUUUUAGUGUCUGACAUGGUUGCCAUGCCAGGAAAAGAGGUUCCGUGAUACAUGUAUUUCUAGUUUAUUAAAAUACAAAAUUCAGAGGCAUAUGAGAUUUCAUUUCAGUUGUCCACUGUAGGGAACUUAAAAAGAAAGCUAUAAUCUUUCUCAUAAACCCUGAAGUGUCCUCAGCCACCUACGAAAAUUGACCCCUUGUGAAAAUGGGAAAAAGACGAGUUUGUAGGGGAGUUGAAACAGGGUUUUGUGAAGGCAGCCAUAAGUAUAGCUGUCUUCCUACAAUUGUCAGUUAAGAGAGCUUCCACUGUAUCUUGGUACUGGUCGGCUGUUAAGACAAAUUCAACAUGGUUGAUCACUUCAUCACAUGUUUCAGCAAAUUGGAAAUCAUUUUUUUGGCUAUUUAAGUGAAUGCAUUUGGCCACGGAGCCUACAAAAUUUAAGGGAGAAUACUGCCAUUUCCAUAAUGUGUGACAAAACUGCUAAACAAGUUGCAUUUCAAUAUUAAUACCACAGGAUCUUUCCUGUUUACUUUCUUGUAGCCAUACUCUUGCUUGGAGAACCAGUGCGAUGGGAGACACAUCUUCAGUUGAUCAUUGACAUCCUUGUCACUAAUGGAAACCUGCUGUCAAUUUCCCAGUCUCCAUGCAAAAAACGUAUUCCAGUUAUAGCAGCUAAUACUGAUCUUAUCUAUAUGUCAGAAGUUCCUUUACCAAGGUAUGAUGAUGCCCCCCCCCCCCUCCAAAUUAAAGAUGGGGAAACGGCAUGUUUUGACCUUCUGAUUUUAAGGGAAAGGGGCAUUUGCUCUUCCAUUUUAUUCUGUCCAAAAAUGUAUUGCCAAUAUUUUCCCUAAUCUAUAAAACAUCAUAUAUUGCACAAAAUUAUUGGGGUUUCAGACAACAUUGCCACUUUUUCUGGCCCCGUGGGUGUGCCCCUACUGUUACAGAGGUUUAGACUAAAUUAUUGAUACAGAACAUCACUUUAUUAUUAUAGUUGUGGUAAACUAGCCUGCAUUCAUAUGCAUUAUAUUGUCUUAUAGAUUUGGACAUGGUGCCUUUCUCUUAAACCUGGAGGUUCUUUACAAGGUACUAGACAUAUAAAAUAUUAUUUUCAAACUUAAUAGUGUCCCACACUUGUUUAAUAAGUGAAACAGUUGAGCCACUAGUAAUGGAUUAUACCUUGCUUUCAGUACAGUGAAAAUAAAUUCAAACAGAUUGAAGAAAAAACUAAUGCCAUGCAUCUCUACUUAUUUUUAUAGGUUAAUACCCCAUUUUAUUAUUAGACAAAAGACAUAUAUAGAAAAGUAUAGCAGCAACUCACCUUUUUUACAGCUUGUGUACAAUAUGACAUGAAAUAUUUAUGCUUCAUUCUUCUGCAUCAUACUGUUUGGUUUAUAAAACAUUAUUUAGGGGGUUUUGUCUUUGUAAUAGAGUAAUACUUGAUAUUGCUUUUGUUUUUGUUAUUGUUUUUUAAUCAGAAAUUGACUGGACAAGAAUUGGUUUACGCAGAAUUUUUGGGUAAACCUUUCAUUUCAAGUUACAAGUAUGCAGAACAUUGCCUCUAUCAAAGCAGUGGAAGUAGCCGUGGGCAAAUAAAAUCACUUUAUGCUGUUGGGUAAGUAAAGAAUAAGCUCAGGCAUAAAAGGCUCUACAACUUUUAGGUCAGUCAUUGAAAUGAAGUGUAACAUAGAGGACUGCUUUGAGAAAAUCUCUGACCCCCAAGAUUGUGUUUUUGAUAUUUUAGGUAGGUAGAGACUGAGGUAGAUACAUGUAGGUUUGGCAUGGUGGUAAUAUUAUAUAAGAAGAACUCAAAUUAAGAUUUAUGGUACAAAUGCUUGAUAGCUGAUCACUCACAACUCCAUCUGUUUAGUGUUUCUUAGGGCUUCAGUAUAUUGGCUUUCAGUAUUUGUGGGACUUUUUUUAAAUCACAAUGCCUAACUCCUCCCCCACCCCAAAAACACUGUUUGACACAUGUAUCCCAAAGUUUUCCCAAGUUCAAACUCAUGUGGUUUCAACAUUAUUAAAGUGGGAAGCGGAGAAAGAACUGCAACGUAUUUUCCAAAAGGGAGCAAUAUUUUAUGGGGAACACCUAAAAAUUACAGAUUAUUACAAAUAUUGCAUCACUGACCCAAAGACUUUUGUCCAAUUUUGUGUAUCUACCACUGGUUUUGCAAUGAAAUGACGUGUGAGAAAGAAACACAGAAAUUCUAUACUGAUGCCAAGUGACUACCCAGAUCUGGGUAGUGCUUCUGAUUGACUGAAGCAAAUUUCCCACACUGUACGACCAAUCAGAAGCAUAACCCAGAUGGAUAGUGAAGCAUCAUCAGUAUGAAAUUUUUGCACUCAUUUCUUAGAUGUCUUCUCGCAGGAGAACCAGUGGUGACAUUGCAAAAUGUCAGCUGUUUUCUCAAGCUGGAUUGAAGUCACAAUCCAGUCACUGUUCACCUGACCAAACAACCCUUAGCAGUUUUAAUAGGCCAUUUGCAUGAUGACAUCAUUUUACUACUACAACCAGAAUCCUUCAGUGUUAUGCUUUCUUGCGCAAAUUAGGUCUUUUGUUAUUUAAACCUCGCUGGGAUUACAAAAAUUAAAUACGAAAGGAAAAACGAAAAGGAUUGUGGUCGUAGUAGAAAAACGACGCCAUCAUGCAAAUGGCCUAUUAUUUUAUUGAUCUCUAACAUCUGCUUCUCGUUCUGUUAGUCAGUAAACUGCGUUGCCUAAGUCUCUUUUGAUACGAUGAACACUUACUAUAGAAAAUUUUGUCCACAUUUUGCAGUGAUAACUUGGACACAGAUAUUUAUGGAGCCAAUAUGUGUAAUGAGUAUCUAAAGGCAUUUCACGAAUCCAGUGGUUCAGGUACUGAAAAUCAACUUAGAGACCUCACUAGCCACCAGGAAAAACAUAGUGCAGUUGAAUGGUCGCCAGAGGUAAAGAGCAUUGAGUCUAUUUUAGUUCAAACUGGAGUAUCUUUACCAAGUGAUAAUAAUCUCACAACCAAUGAAGGAGCUCGAUAUCUUCAUCGAGAUUUAGAUUUUCAACCUCGAUUCAGAAGAGCUAAACAUGUUGUAGAAAACAUUGCAGAUGCAGUUGAACUGAUCUUGAAACAAGAACAAGAAUGUUCUUAA